CGGCAACCUGACGGCAACCGAGGUCAAAGUUGAAAUCAUUUGAACUCUGAGCCCAUAGAUAUAGAACAACGCCACGCGCUCUCCCCAUAGUAAAACAACGGCACAUCCAGCGCGGGUCAUUUGUGGGUGACACAAAUCAAACACACUCGAGAUGUUGCGACCGGUAGGGUGUGUGCAUGCCGCAUGUAGCAAAAAUAUGCUCUCAUUGGUGUAACGUUAGCUAAACAUACUAACGUUAGCUAAACGCCGACUUCUACAUUGGCUUAGGAACUGUUAACCUAACGUAUGCUACUUUAACAACGUGUGCGCUUGAGGCCUUAUUUCUGCUGCUUGUGACAGCCAGGGACCAGAGACGCUGAGCAGGUUCUAUUUCGCACCGGGGAUUAACGAGGUUUAACCUGCAGGCAGAUUGUGGAGGAAUUCGCGGUGCACUCGGAGAUGAACGUUCAAACAGUGUCUUCCAGCACCCUCAAAGUCAUUGGCUUCUUUGGGCACAAUGUCACUUUGCCCUGUACGUAUGACAGCCUAACUCACGGCGUCCUGAGUUUCUGUUGGGGACGAGGGGUGGUGCCCAGGUCCCAAUGCUCCAGCACCAUCCUCUCCUCACAGGAUGGGGCUGUGCUUUUCAGGCAGUCCCCCAGGUACCAGCUGCUGGGCAGGGUGACAGAUGGAGAUGUGUCGCUGACCAUCCUGGAUGCUCAGUGGAGUGAUGCCGGUGUGUACGGCUGCAGGAUCGAGAUCCCCGGGUGGUUUAAUGACAAAAAGGUCAACACACACCUGGUCAUGGAGGAAGCCCCUGUGGAACAACCUGUUACCCAGGACUGGGCCCCGGCCGCUAAUGACAUAUUGACAACAUUUGUGACUAACCAUGUAGAAGUUGGUGAAGUAAUUGGAAUCGCAACAAGGGAGGAAGAAUUCAAAGCCUUCCUGGAAGUGGGAAACAUUGGCAGGAUGGCAGCUAUUUUCUUCUUCAUCAUAAUCAUAAUCUUCGUCUUUGUUUUCUGGAGGAGAUUUCUGCCGAAGAGGACACUUCAACAUCUCAACACCUCAACUGCUGAGAACAUUUAUGAAGUAUUAUGAAGCGUCCCAUGGGAUGGUCAACAAAGGAUUCUAUAAGAAACUGCUCGCUGAAUGUGUCAUGUGCUGACUGUAUCCACCUCCUCAGCUUUAGAGGCAAACCUUUUGAACCCAUUUCCACAGUAAGCAGCUUACAGGAUCCUUCUAUUCUCAGAUAGCUCUGAAUAAGGCAAAUGUGUGUCAUGUGUGGCUGAAAAAAUGCAAAAAUAUCCUGCAGAAUAAUUAAUAUGCGAUUUGUCGGAUUUUCAUGACAAAAUUGAUCUCGCAGCCCUGAAAAGCAUACAGGUGGUUUAUACUUGUGGGCACAAUGCCACCUAUUGGACUUAAUGCAUUAUUAUCAAAAUAUUGGUGAAGAUUCCACCAUGAAUAUACUGUACACUCAGUCCAAUGUCUAUUCCUGCUCUGUUUUGAAGAAAGUCGGAUCUAAUAUCUGAAUUGUAUAUUAUUUGUUAAAAUAUUUGCAAAUCCACAAUGCAUGAUGUUCUCAAUCCUAACUCUCAGGUCAGAAUAAAUUGUAUUUGGGUUCAUUUUAUGCUGAAAUUGAUUGAUGGCUCAAUUUCACAGUAAGAUUUCUCUGUGAGGUGAAAGAAAUUUGGUUUCUUCAACCUCGUAAGAUUUUUAUGUAAUACGAGGAGUCUCUCUUAAAAACUCAAAUGUUUUUUUAUGUAAAACAAGAUCACAUUAGAUCUGUUUCUCUUCAAAUUACAUCAUCACUAAGGUCCAUCUCUCUGCAGAAGACGCACAAAAUGAAGCCAUGUUUGGAAAACAAGAAUUUUCUUUUAGGGUGAUCUUGUCCUUUUUUCCGCAUUCAGCAAGACAGCCCAAAAUAAAAAUGAGCUUUUAAAAUAAAAAAUAAAAACUCAUCAGAGCUAAA